GGGGAUGCUUGUAGUUCGAUAAGCCUUUAUCUAAGUAGAAAACUCCCCUCUAGCCUCGAGCUAUAAGGAACCGUCUUCUUAGUUUUUCGCACAUUGAUGUGGAGGAUUCGAAAGGGCUGUCCAUUUUUUCCUGUUCAUUCAUCAUAUAAAUUUCCAUUCCUCUCUUCUACAUCUCACACACCCAAGAACUUCAAAUACACAACACUCCAUAUACAAGAGAUAGCACUUCGCUGGCGUGCUCCCAAUCUGAUCACUACAAUCAAGAUCAACCAAUACCGCCAUUAAUGUGGUUUGCGCGGAUCAUUACACUUCACCCAAUUCACUAUUCACCAAUAGUUCAUUUCCCAUCGAGAAAAUGGCGAUGAACCCACAAUCCCCAGUCAUGUCUUCAGGAAACAAUUCAAAUAACGAUGUCAACGACAAAUCUAGAGCAGAAUACAUUAGCGAGGAUCAAACUCCUACCACGGAAUAUAAAAAAGUCAGUUGGCGCAGUACAUGGGGGUUUGGUCCCGUAACCAUUGGCCCAAGAAUCGGUCCAGUUUUGCCACAUCUUCGUCUAGAUGCCGAUGCAUCAAGUCUCAGCGGGGACAGUGGAAAGGACCUUUUGAGCCAGCAGAUUGAAGCCGAAGCAGGUUCUGCUAUUAAAUAUCGUAGUUGCAGUUGGCAAAAGACUGCGGCUCUUCUUUUCUCAGAAUAUAUCUGUUUGGCAAUUAUGUCCUUCCCAUGGUCUUACUCGGUUUUAGGACUCGUACCAGGUCUCAUCUUGACUGCGGUUGUCGCAUUCUUGGUUCUCUACACAUCUCUCGUUUUGUGGGAAUUCUGUAUGCGUCAUCCUGAACUUAGAGAUGUUUGUGAUGUUGGACAAAUGCUUUUUGGUGGAAGAUGGGCAUGGCAUGCUACUGCUAUCAUGUUUCUUUUGAAUAACACCUUUAUUCAGGGUCUUCAUGUUUUGACUACUGCAAAAUACUUGAACACUAUCACCAAUCACAGUCAAUGCACAGUAAUAUUUGCCGUUGUUGCAGCUGUAAUCUGUUGGGUUUGUUCCGUUCCAAGAACCUUCAGUGCUCUGUCUUGGUUGGCCACAUUAUCCGCAAUUUUCACCUUCAUCUCCGUUAUGCUCGCUACCAUUUUUGCUGGAAUUGAACCUCAUCCCCUCGGCUACAACCCAGAUCCUAACUCCAUCAUCGCAGCCACUGGUCUUCAUGGAGGCGCCCCUACCGUUACUGCAGUAAUGCUUAAGGGUACCACAUUUGUAAAUGGUUUCAAUGCCUUCCUCAACAUCUCCUACACAUUCAUUGGUCAAAUUACCAUUCCUUCCUUUAUGGCCGAGAUGAAAAACCCUGCCGAUUUCCCUAAAGCUCUUUGGGCUGUCACCAUUGCCGAAAUCAUUGUUUUCAGUUUAGUCGGUUCAAUCAUUUACGCUUUUACCGGAAACCAAUACAUGUCAGCCCCAGCCUUUGGAUCUUUAGGAAAGAAAUUAUACGUCGAUAUUUCCUUCUCUUUCAUGAUUCCAACACUUAUUUUCCUUGGUGUUCUCUAUGCUUCCGUCUCCGGCCGCUUCAUCAUUAACCGCGUCUUCCAUAACAACAAGAGACAUCUUCAUGAAAAUACCACGAAAGGCUGGGUAGUCUGGAUUGCAAUCUUGGCUGCAACUUGGAUUGGUGCAUUCAUUAUUGCCGAGGUUAUUCCUUUCUUCUCCGAUCUUCUAUCUUUGAUGUCUUCCCUCUUCGAUUCCUUUUUCGGAUUUAUUUUCUGGGGUGCAGCAUAUAUUAGAAUGAGACGUGUAGAUCAUGGAGCAGGAUGGAUUAGCAAGACGAGUAAGGUUGGAUUGGGUUUCAAUAUAUUGAUCAUAUUAAUUGGGUUGUUGUUCUUGACUGCAGGAACUUAUACGAGUGUCCAGAGUAUUGUGGAUGGGUAUAAUGCUGGAACAUUUGGGGGUGCGUUUACUUGUGCUAGUAAUGGCAUUUAAGUGAUAGAUGGAGGAUACAACUCGAUAUGGGGAUAAAGAUGGGGUCUGUUUUUGUUCAAUAGAUGUUGUUGGGAUUGAUGGUGGUUGGAUAGAUAUGGUGUGGCAUGGGGAUAUGAUAGAGAUGGAUGUUAUUGAUGUGGAAGAUAUAGUAUGUGCGCAUACAUGCAUUUUGGGGAAAACCGGUGGGGGAGUUUGGGAGUUUUAGAAACCGAUGGAUACAUACUGGUUUUGCUUCUGUGCUUUGAUAUAUAGUAGGACCGACGACUUCCUUUGAAGAGGAAAUAUAGUAAUGCA